UCAGUGGCUUGUCUGUGGAGAGUAGGAAGAAGGGUGGACAGCCCGCUGGGGGGGAAGAAAUUUAGCGUAACAUUCAGUGAAAAUACACGGAAGAGGACGCUUCGGUAAGUAUGGCCAAGCCGCUGACAGACCAGGACAGGAGGAAGCAGAUCUCGGUCCGGGGUCUGGCCGGGGUGGAAAACGUUGCGGACCUGAAAACUAAUUUCAACCGACACCUCCAUUUCACCCUGGUGAAGGACCGAAAUGUGGCCACCAAGCGGGACUACUACUUUGCCCUGGCCAACACAGUCCGAGACCACCUGGUGGGCCGCUGGAUCCGGACGCAGCAGCAUUACUAUGAGAAAGACCCCAAACGUGUCUACUACCUUUCCCUGGAGUUUUACAUGGGCCGGACCCUGCAGAACACUAUGGUUAAUCUGGCUUUGGAGAACGCCUGUGAUGAAGCCACGUACCAGUUGGGUCUGGACAUGGAGGAGCUGCAGGACAUUGAGGAAGAUGCUGGUCUAGGCAACGGCGGGCUGGGUCGUCUGGCUGCUUGCUUCCUGGACUCCAUGGCCUCUCUGGGUCUGGCUGCUUACGGAUACGGCAUCCGCUACGAGUUCGGCAUCUUCAAUCAGAAAAUUGUCAGCGGCUGGCAGGUGGAGGAAGCCGACGACUGGCUGCGUUACGGUAACCCCUGGGAGAAGGCUCGCCCUGAGUACAUGCGUCCAGUCCAUUUCUACGGGCGAGUGGAACACACACCUGAGGGAGUGAAGUGGGUCGACACGCAGGUGGUCCUGGCUCUUCCCUAUGACACCCCAGUCCCUGGCUACAGAAACAACAUUGUCAACACCAUGAGACUGUGGUCUGCUAAGGCCCCCUGUGACUUCAACCUCAAAGACUUUAACGUCGGCGGCUACAUCCAAGCUGUGCUGGAUCGGAACCUGGCAGAGAACAUCUCCAGAGUCCUUUACCCCAACGACAACUUCUUUGAAGGGAAGGAGUUGCGUCUCAAACAGGAGUACUUUGUCGUAGCCGCGACUCUUCAAGACAUCAUCCGUCGAUUCAAAGCCUCCAAGUUUGGCUCCACCGAGUUUGUGCGGAUGGAUCUUUCUACCCUGCCAGACAAGGUGGCCAUCCAGCUGAAUGACACUCAUCCUGCUUUGGCCAUCCCAGAGCUGAUGAGGAUCCUGGUGGACAUGGAGAAACUCUCUUGGGAGAAGGCCUGGGACAUCGUGGUUCGUACCUGUGCCUACACCAACCACACCGUCCUGCCUGAAGCUCUGGAGCGCUGGCCCGUGGACCUCUUCCAAAACCUCCUGCCUCGACACCUGGAGAUCAUCUACGAGAUCAACAGGAGGCACCUGGAGCGUAUCUCUAAGGUUUACCCUGGUGACGUUGACCGUAUGCGCCGAAUGUCACUGAUCGAGGAAGGGAAUGUCAAGAAAAUCAACAUGGCUCACCUGUGCAUCGUGGGAUCUCAUGCUGUCAACGGGGUGGCUCGUAUCCACUCUGAAAUCAUCAAAAACACUGUGUUCAAGGAUUUCUACGAUGUCGACCCUCAGAAGUUUCAGAACAAGACCAACGGCAUCACGCCCAGGCGCUGGCUGGUCAUGUGCAACCCUGGCCUGGCUGAGGUCAUCGCUGAGAGGAUUGGUGAGGACUACAUCCGCGACCUGGACCAGCUGAAGAAGCUUCUGGACUUUGUGGAUGAUGACGCCUUCAUCCGGGAUGUGGCCAAAGUCAAACAAGAGAACAAGAUGAAGUUCGCCGCCCAUCUUGAAGAGCACUACAAGGUGAAGAUCAACCCCAACUCCAUGUUUGAUGUCCAGGUGAAGAGGAUCCACGAGUACAAGAGACAGCUGCUCAACUGCCUCCACAUCAUCACACUGUACAACCGCAUCAAGAAGGAGCCAAACAAGUCAUGGACCCCCAGGACAAUCAUGAUUGGUGGAAAGGCGGCUCCAGGUUACCACACAGCCAAGAUGAUCAUCAAGCUGAUCACAUCGAUUGGAGACAUCGUCAACAACGACCCAGUGGUGGGAGAUCGCCUCAAGGUCAUCUUCCUGGAGAACUACCGGGUCACUUUGGCUGAGAAGGUCGUCCCUGCAGCUGACCUUUCCGAGCAGAUAUCCACAGCAGGCACCGAGGCCUCUGGCACCGGGAACAUGAAGUUCAUGCUGAACGGGGCCCUCACUAUUGGCACCAUGGACGGAGCCAACGUGGAGAUGGCAGAGGAGGCCGGAGAGGAGAACCUCUUCAUCUUCGGCAUGAGAGUGCAUGAUGUCGAAGCUAUGGACAAGAAGGGCUACGAUGCCAUGUCGUACUACAGCCAUAUUCCUGAGCUAAAGCAGGCGAUGGAUCAGAUAUCGGGAGGCUUCUUCAGCCCCGGCCAGCAUGACCUCUUCAAAGACCUCGUCAACAUGCUGAUGCACCAUGACAGAUUCAAGGUGUUCGCAGACUAUGAAGACUACAUGAAAUGCCAGGAGAAAGUCAGUGCACUCUACAAGAACCCCAAAGAGUGGACCAAGAAGGUGAUCCAUAACAUCGCCGGCUGUGGGAAAUUCUCCAGCGACCGCACCAUUUCCCAGUAUGCCAGGGAGAUCUGGGGCAUGGAGCCCAGUCUGGAGAAGAUCGCUGCUCCCGAUGAUCCUCGCUAAACCACAACAUCUGCCUCCUCCACAUCACUGUUGUAGCCUACCAGUGUGGUCCAACCACCAGAGAGUAACCCUGUAGCUUUUUCAGUGUGUACUGUGGCAUUAUUUCUUUACCUUACUGAACCCCACACAACCUCUGUUCUUUCCACUUUCCACAUCUUGAAGUGACAUUUGUUGGAAUGGGCUCAUUCAAAAUCUGUAUUUUGUUUUCCCUCUGUGCACCAGCAAUGCAUAUUCUCACUGUUGGGUGAAAACCUUGUAUCUACACAUCAGACUUUCACCUUGGAAUCAUGGGAAACUUGACAGCAAAUCGUUUUGAGUGCUAUAUUAGGAACUGUAUCUUAAACCAGAAUUCCAUACUUGAGUUUUCACACAACAGACUUCUAUCUAGCCCUGAUAGCUACCAAAACCCAGCACACAUGCCAGUAAAUCUCAGAACUGUUUCGGUUCCAAACAAACCCAGGUCUUCCAUGAAAGAGAGGCGGGACACAAAUGGUUGGUUAAUAUUGGACCACAGCCUCAAAGCAGCACUGUAACAGUGUGGUGUCAGAAAGGACGUCACCUCUCCACGUUCACAGCAAAUUAACAUUCAUAUUAAUGUUAUCAUAUUAAAAGAUUCUAACUGCUCUGAUCCGUGUUUUAUGGUGUUUGCUGAAUGUAUCCGUUUAUAUAUGUGUGUUAUCAGUGAUGGUCAGAUGUAUUGACCUGUGACCUCCUCAGCAUGUUUGUGUCUGUCUCAUUCUGCUGUUCCUAAAAGUGCCCUGUGUUAGAACAUAAAGCCUUCUCUGCCUAAAACCUAAGUGACUGAAUUUAUCUCUGGAAGCUGUGCGUGUUCUCUGUAGCGUCAUUGUGUGUGUUUAACAUAGGUCUAUAUCACUGUGGAUAUCAGCUUCAUUGAUUGAUGUACUGUAACAGCAUACUGUCCUGCUUCAGCUCCUCUACAUGACCAUCUGACUCCUGUGGUGCUGCAGAAGGAACUGUCCACCGCACUGACCCUAACACUGUCACUGUCGGAUCAGUGAUUUUCUUUUCUUUUCUUUUUUUUUUUUUUUUUAAUCAAUAAAUGACACAUCAACCA